GAGGGAGGAGCAGCUGCCGGAGCAGGUGAAGGGCCGUCCGCCCAACUCCGCUGGGUCAGUCCAGGGCUGGCUGGACAGGGGCCUCCCGAGAGCCAGGGCGCUGCUGGGGACCCAUCGGGGACGAUGGACUUUUGGACAGCCCGCCUGCAGCGAGUGAUCCGGCAGAAAGCUGGCCAGAGGUCCUACACCAUCUACCGCAACACGGCCGAGGACGAUGGGGACCGUGACUCCGGGGGGCUUCAGAUCAAGAUGGACGAAGCUGAGGGUCCCAACGGCCCAGCGUCCGGCAGCCAGAAGGAGGGGUCCCACGUUCCCGGGCCAAAACGGUGGAAGACGGGGGUGUACCUGGCUUUGGUGGGCCUUCUACUGCUGAUCGUAGGGUUCCUCCUGGGGUACGUCUCUUCCCGGAGGGGGGGCUCCUGCACGGCCUGUGCAGACUUCCUGCCCAUGAUCGAGGACGGCCCCUACCGCCCGGCCCAGGACCCCCGGGGGCCACCCCCCCUGUAUUGGAGCGACCUUAGGGAGAUGUUCCAGAAGUAUCUCAACGAGGAGAAGAUCGAGGGGACCAUCCGAAAAAUGAGUGAGGGUCCCCACCCUCCUGGCUCCCCUGCCCUGGACGCCCUCUCCAGCCACGUCCUGGAGGCCUUCACCUCCUUUGGCCUGGACCACAGCUGGACCGAUAGCCACUACGUGGGGUUGCAGCGCCCCGACCGGAGGCAGCCCACCUUCCUCCAGCGGGUGGAUGCCAGCGGGGCUGUGACGGAGGAGCUGCAGCUGGAAGAUCCAGAUGUUUACUGCCCCUACAGCGCCUCUGGCACGGUCGUGGGCGGCCUCGUCUUUGCCAACUACGGGCGCAGGGAGGACUUUGCGCUGCUGGAGCAGCUGGGGCUGAGUCCGCGGGGGCACCUGGUCAUCGCCCGCGUUGGGAAAAUCAGCUAUGCCGAGAAGGUGGCAAACGCAGAGGCUAACCAGGCGAAGGGGAUCCUCAUUUACCCAGACCCCCAGGAUAUCCCUCAAGACCCCCGUAAACUGGGCCUUUUCCCUAACAUCAGCAUUUAUGGACACGUUCAUAUGGGGGCUGGAGAUCCUUAUAGCCCCGGCUUCCCGUCCUUCAACCACACCCAGUUUCCCCCCAUAAAAUCCUCGGGGCUGCCCUCAAUCCUGGCUCACCCCAUCAGUGCCGCCGUGGCCGCCCUCCUGCUCCGGCAGCUGAGCGGCCCCCCGGCCCCCCAGGCGUGGAGGGGCAGCCUUCCGGAGGUCCCCUACCUGCUCGGCCCCGGGGACCCCGACUUCCGCCUGCAGCUCGGGGUGCACAACGUCCGGCAGUCGGUCAUGAUUAACAACGUUUUCGGCUGCAUUGAGGGCAAAUUUGAACCCGAUCACUACCUGAUCGUGGGGGCCCAGCGGGAUUCCCUGGGGCCCGGAGCUGCACGGUCUGGGGUGGGCACGGCCAUUUUGCUGGAACUGGCCCGGACUUUCGUUGCCAUGGUGCAGAACGGGUUCCAGCUACGGAGGAGUCUGCUGUUUGUGAGCUGGGAUGCCGGCGACUUCGGCAGCGUGGGGUCCACCGAGUGGCUGGAGGGCUACCUCACAAUGCUGCAUCUGAAGGCCGCUGCGUACAUCAGUCUGGACAAUGCGGUCCUGGGAGAUGACAAAUUGCUGGCCAAGAGCAGCCCUGCCCUGAUCAGCCUCAUCGAGAGCGUCAUUAAACAGGUGGACAGCCCCAAUCGCAGCGGCCAAAGCAUCUUUGAGAAGAUGACCGAGCAGGGCCAGCGCUGGGAAAAUGAGGGCCUCCGGCCCCUCCCUAUGGACAGCAGCGCCUUCGCCUUCACCUCCUUCGGGGGGGUCCCAGCCGUGGAGUUUUCCUUCGCAGAGGAGGACUCACGCCCGUACCCCUUCCUCAACACCAUGCUGGACACCUACGACCACCUCAACCGGGCUCUCCAGGGCCGCCUCCCUGCCGUGGCCAAGACGGUGGCCGAGGUGGUGGGCCACCUGUUGAUCAAGCUGAGCCACGACCACCUGCUGCCCCUGGACUACUGGUGCUAUGGGGACGUCCUCCUGCAGGAGAUUGCCCACUUCAACCAGUACAACACGCUCCUGAAGAGUCGGGGCCUCACCCUGCAGUGGAUGUAUUCGGCACGGGGCGAUUAUGCGCGGGCCGCCGAGAAGCUGCGCAGGGACAUCUACACCUCGGAGGAGCAAAACGAGAGGCUUCUGCGCAUGUUCAACGUCCGCAUAAUGCGGGUGGAAUUCUACUUCCUCUCUCAAUACGUGGCGGUGACCGAGACCCCCUUCCGGCACAUCAUCCACGGCCGGGGGCCCCACACCCUGAGGGCCCUCCUGGAGCACGUCAGCCUCCUGUGGGACGCCCCGGAGAAGUUCGACGAAGUUCUCUUCCGCCGGCAACUCGCCCUCGUCACCUGGACGCUGCAGGGGGCCGCCAACGCCCUCAGCGGGGACGUGUGGAAUAUCGACAAUAAUUUCUGAGCCGGGACACAAAUCAGGGCCUCGGCCAAGGCCCCAAGGCCCCUAGCGUUAGCACCGGCAUUUAUAGAGUCCCUCAGAUGCUCCCAACUCUGGUUACCCCCAAAAGUGCUUGCAAAGCAGAUCCGUUUGGCAAAGGGUGUUGCGCUUUUUCGCAAGCACACGUGUGCACACACACACACACACACACAGGGGUUUCGUUUCACAUCCUCCCCCCAAGUUUUUCUCUUUUCCUUCCUUCCUUUUUUCCUUCUGAUUCUUAAUUUAUCAGUGACAGGGUUCACUAUGAAUUAUCGGAAUAUUGCUAUGCAAUAGACUAGCAAGGCCGUCGCCCCCCCCUGGGUUAAUUGCACGCCCCCCCAUGGAAUGGCAGCCCCCCCUCCUUUGCACCACCCCUCCCCACCGGAUUUAUCAGCAGCAAGGCCUGCUAUAAAUGGAACUGAUUUAUUGCUAUGUAAUAAGACGGGAAUCCUGCCUCCUUUCCUUCCUUCCUUCUUUCAUUCCUUUCCCUCCUUCCUUCCUCCUUCGUUCCUCGGUCAACGGCUGCAAAUGUUUAUUGCACGAUGGAAUAAAAAAGGCUGAUUGACUGUU